AUCAGCAUCAGUUCGGUUACAGCUCUCAGCAAAAUGAGAGUAACAACCUUUGUGAUCCUGUGCUGCGCAUUGCAGCAAUAUGUAGCUGCAGAUGAUAAUGCAGUUUUAGAUGAAGACAUGACCCGAUUUUUAGAGGGCAACAAAAACUUUCAAGAAACAACCGAAACGAAAUCAGAUGAAGUAAUAAAAAAAAAUGGAACAUUAGUGGAAAGGCAAAUAAUAAAGAAAAAAUACGUAGAUAGAUCGAGACAUAAACAUAAUAAGUCAGGUGAAAGGAUUACUAAAACUUUCACAAUAGAGUCGGGUCCUAAUGGGGAAGAAACUAUAUAUGAGACUGAUGUUGUCGAAACGACCGUUCCGAACUCGGAUCGAGCCAGAUUAGAUUCAGAUGCAUCGGCAUCGUCAGCUUCUGGAUUAAGAGGUUUGGGACGCAAUGGGUAUGGCAGCAACGGUGCCAGAUUCAACGAAAUAGGAGGUUCUGGCCUCGGUGGCCGCAAUGGAGCGGGAGGUCGGACUGUGGUGAUCAACGAAGGAGGUUCACACUCAUCUGGAUCAAGCGCAUCUGCGUCAUCAUCCGCAGCUUCAUCCUCUGGAUCCGGAAACACUGGAAUUGGAUCGGGACUCAAAGGAUUGGACAACUACGGCACCGCAUAUAAUGGCCAGGGAGGACUUGGCUAUGGUGACGGUAAUGCAGCAACCGCAGCAGCAGCAGCCACAGCUGCUGCUUCUGGCCUCGGUGGACGCAAUGGAUUGGGUGGUCAGACCGUUGUCAUCAACCAAAGAGGAUCAGGAUCAUCGGCAUCAAGUUCAGCUGCGUCAUCAUCCGCAGCUUCAUCCUCUGGUAGUCCCACGAUAGUGAUCAACGAAGCAGGAUCAGGAUCAUCGGCAUCAAGCUCAGCUGCGUCAUCAUCCGCAGCUUCAUCCUCUGGAUCCGGAAACUCUGGAAUUGGAUCGGGACUCAACGGAUUGAACAACUACGGCGCCGGAUAUAAUGGCCUGGGAGGACUUGGCUAUGGUGGCGGUAAUGCAGCAGCCGCAGCUGCUGCUUCUGAGUUCGGUGGACGCAAUGGAGCGGGAGGUCAGACUGUGGUAAUCAACGAAAGAGGUUCCGACUCAUCGGGAUCAAGCGCAGCUGCGGCAUCAUCCGCAGCUUCAUCCUCUGGAUCCGGAAAUUCUGGAAGUGGAUCGGGACUCAACGGAUUGAACAACAACGGCGCCGGAUAUAAUGGCCUGGGAGAACUUGGCUAUAGUGGCGGUAAUGCAGCAGCCGCAGCAGCAGCAGCCGCAGCUGCUGCUUCUCAGUACGGUGGACGCAAUGGAGCGGGAGGUCAGACCGUGGUAAUCAACGAAGGAGGUUCAGACUCAUCGGGAUCAAGCGCAGCUGCGGCAUCAUCUGCAGCUUCAUCCUCUGGAUCCGGAAACUCUGGAAUUGGAUCGGGACUCAACGGAUUGAACAACAACGACGCCGGAUAUAAUGGCCUGGGAGAACUUGGCUAUGGUGGCGGUAAUGCAGCAGCCGCAUCAGCAGCAGCCGCAGCUGCUGCUUCUCAGUUCGGUGGACGCAAUGGAGCGGGAGGUCAGACCGUGGUAAUCAACGAAGGAGGAUCAGACUCAUCGGGAUCAAGCGCAGCUGCGGCAUCAUCCGCAGCUUCAUCCUCUGGAUCCGGAAACGGUUACAGCAAUAACGGAGUCGGAUUCAUUGGACUCGGCCCGCAGUACCGCAGAGGUGGUGAAACUAUCGUGAUAAACAAAGGUGGAUCUUCCUCAUCUGGUUCAACUGCUGUCUCGUCAGCUUCCUCUGGCAGUGAUUCCACUUACGGAUCUUCUGCUCUUGGACCUAUGGGUUAUGGUACUGAUGUGUUACUUGCACCAUACGGGCAACAGCCAUCGACUGUCAUAGUCAAUCGAGGAACAUCUGGCUCAAGUUCUUCAAGUUCAGCUUCGUCUUCCGAUGGAUCUUCAUCAAUUGGAGGUAGAUCUGGAGGAUAUGGAGGACAGGGAUAUGGCAACAGCAAUGAUGCUGACUACGCUGCCGCCGCCGCAGCCGCAGCCGCAGCUGUUUAUGGUAGUUCAGGACUUGGUUCAUUGUAUGGCCCGAGUAGUCCCACGAUAGUGAUCAACGAAGCAGGAUCAGGAUCAUCGGCAUCAAGCUCAGCUGCGUCAUCAUCCGCAGCUUCAUCCUCUGGAUCCGGAAACUCUGGAAUUGGAUCGGGACUCAACGGAUUGAACAACUACGGCGCCGGAUAUAAUGGCCUGGGAGGACUUGGCUACGGUGGCGGUAAUGCAGCAGCCGCAGCUGCUGCUUCUGAGUUCGGUGGACGCAAUGGAGCGGGAGGUCAGACUGUGGUAAUCAACGAAAGAGGUUCCGACUCAUCGGGAUCAAGCGCAGCUGCGGCAUCAUCCGCAACUUCAUCCUCUGGAUCCGGAAACUCUGGAAUUGGAUCGGGACUCAACAGAUUGAACAACUACGGCGCCGGAUAUAAUGCCCUGGGAGAACUUGGCUAUGGUGGCGGUAAUGCAGCAGCCGCAUCAGCAGCAGCCGCAGCUGCUGCUUCUCAGUUCGGUGGACGCAAUGGAGCGGGAGGUCAGACCGUGGUAAUCAACGAAGAAGGUUCAGACUCAUCGGGAUCAAGCGCAGCUGCGGCAUCAUCCGCAGCUUCAUCCUCUGGAUCCGGAAACUCUGGAAUUGGAUCGGGACUCAACGAAUUGAACAACUACGGCGCCGGAUAUAAUGACCUGGGAGAACUUGGCUAUGGUGGCGGUAAUGCAGCAGCCGCAGCAGCAGCAGCCGCAGCUGCUGCUUCUCAGUUCGGUGGACGCAAUGGAGCGGGAGGUCAGACCGUGGUAAUCAACGAAGCAGGAUCAGGAUCAUCGGCAUCAAGCUCAGCUGCGUCAUCAUCCGCAGCUUCAUCCUCUGGAUCCGGAAAAUCUGGAAUUGGAUCGGGACUCAACGGAUUGAACAACUACGGCGCUGGAUAUAAUGGCCUGGGAGGACUUGGCUAUGGUGGCGGUAAUGCAGCAGCCGCAGCUGCUGCUUCUGAGUUCGGUGGACGCAAUGGAGCGGGAGGUCAGACUGUGGUAAUCAACGAAAGAGGUUCCGAAACAUCGGGAUCAAGCGCAGCUGCGGCAUCAUCCGCAGCUUCAUCCUCUGGAUCCGGAAACUCUGGAAUUGGAUCGGGACUCAACGGAUUGAACAACUACGGCGCCGGAUAUAAUGGCCUGGGAGAACUUGGCUAUGGUGGCGGUAAUGCAGCAGCCGCAUCAGCAGCAGCCGCAGCUGCUGCUUCUCAGUUCGGUGGACGCAAUGGAGCGGGAGGUCAGACCGUGGUAAUCAACGAAGAAGGUUCAGACUCAUCGGGAUCAAGCGCAGCUGCGGCAUCAUCCGCAGCUUCAUCCUCUGGAUCCGGAAACGGUUACAGCAACAACGGAAUCGGAUUCAUUGGACUCGGCCCACAGUACCGCAGAGGUGGUGAAACUAUCGUCAUAAACAAAGGUGGAUCUUCCUCAUCUGGUUCAACUGCUGUCUCGUCAGCUUCCUCUGGCAGUGAUUCCACUUACGGAUCUUCUGCUCUUGGACCUAUGGGUUAUGGUACUGAUGUGUUACUUGCACCAUACGGGCAACAGCCAUCGACUGUUAUAGUCAAUCGAGGAACAUCUGGCUCAAGUUCUUCAAGUUCAGCUUCGUCUUCCGAUGGAUCUUCAUCAAUUGGAGGUAGAUCUGGAGGAUAUGGAAGACGGGGAUAUGGCAACAGCAAUGCUGCUGACUCCGCUGCCGCCGCCGCAGCCGCAGCCGCAGCUGUUUCUGGUAGUUCAGGACUUGGUUCAUUGUAUGGCCCGAGUAGUCCCACGAUAGUGAUCAACGAAGCAGGAUCAGGAUCAUCGGCAUCAAGCUCAGCUGCGUCAUCAUCCGCAGCUUCAUCCUCUGGAUCCGGAAACUCUGGAAUUGGAUCGGGACUCAACGGAUUGAACAACUACGGCGCCGGAUAUAAUGGCCUGGGAGGACUUGGCUAUGGUGGCGGUAAUGCAGCAGCCGCAGGAGCAGCAGCCGCAGCUGCUGCUUCUCAGUUCGGUGGACGCAAUGGAGCGGGAGGUCAGACCGUGGUAAUCAACGAAGGAGGUUCAGACUCAUCGGGAUCAAGCGCAGCUGCGGCAUCAUCUGCAGCUUCAUCCUCUGGAUCCGGAAACUCUGGAAUUGGAUCGGGACUCAACGGAUUGAACAACUACGGCGCCGGAUAUAAUGGCCUGGGAGAACUUGGCUAUGGUGGCGGUAAUGCAGCAGCCGCAGCAGCCGCAGCUGCUGCUUCUCAGUUCGGUGGACGCAAUGGAGCGGGAGGUCAGACCGUGGUAAUCAACGAAGGAGGUUCAGACUCAUCGGGAUCAAGCGCAGCUGCGGCAUCAUCUGCAGCUUCAUCCUCUGGAUCCGGAAACUCUGGAAUUGGAUCGGGACUCAACGGAUUGAACAACUACGGCGCCGGAUAUAAUGACCUGGGAGAACUUGGCUAUGGUGGCGGUAAUGCAGCAGCCGGAGCAGCAGCAGCCGCAGCUGCUGCUUCUCAGUUCGGUGGACGCAAUGGAGCGGGAGGUCAGACCGUGGUAAUCAACGAAGGAGGUUCAGACUCAUCGGGAUCAAGCGCAGCUGCGGCAUCAUCCGCAGCUUCAUCCUCUGGAUCCGGAAACUCUGGAAUUGGAUCGGGACUCAACGGAUUGAACAACUACGGCGCCGGAUAUAAUGGCCUGGGAGAACUUGGCUAUGGUGGCGGUAAUGCAGCAGCCGCAUCAGCAGCAGCCGCAGCUGCUGCUUCUCAGUUCGGUGGACGCAAUGGAGCGGGAGGUCAGACCGUGGUAAUCAACGAAGAAGGUUCAGACUCAUCGGGAUCAAGCGCAGCUGCGGCAUCAUCCGCAGCUUCAUCCUCUGGAUCCGGAAACGGUUACAGCAACAACGGAAUCGGAUUCAUUGGACUCGGCCCACAGUACCGCAGAGGUGGUGAAACUAUCGUCAUAAACAAAGGUGGAUCUUCCUCAUCUGGUUCAACUGCUGUCUCGUCAGCUUCCUCUGGCAGUGAUUCCACUUACGGAUCUUCUGCUCUUGGACCUAUGGGUUAUGGUACUGAUGUGUUACUUGCACCAUACGGGCAACAGCCAUCGACUGUUAUAGUCAAUCGAGGAACAUCUGGCUCAAGUUCUUCAAGUUCAGCUUCGUCUUCCGAUGGAUCUUCAUCAAUUGGAGGUAGAUCUGGAGGAUAUGGAAGACGGGGAUAUGGCAACAGCAAUGCUGCUGACUCCGCUGCCGCCGCCGCAGCCGCAGCCGCAGCUGUUUCUGGUCAGACCGUGGUAAUCAACGAAGAAGGUUCAGACUCAUCGGGAUCAAGCGCAGCUGCGGCAUCAUCCGCAGCUUCAUCCUCUGGAUCCGGAAACGGUUACAGCAAUAACGGAAUCGGAUUCAUUGGACUCGGCCCGCAGUACCGCAGAGGUGGUGAAACUAUCGUGAUAAACAAAGGUGGAUCUUCCUCAUCUGGUUCAACUGCUGUUUCGUCAGCUUCCUCUGGCAGUGAUUCCACUUACGAAUCUUCUGCUCUUGGACCUAUGGGUUAUGGUACUGAUGUGUUACUUGCACCAUACGGGCAACAGCCAUCGACAGUCAUAGUCAAUCGAGGAACAUCUGGCUCAAGUUCUUCAAGUUCAGCUUCGUCUUCCGAUGGAUCUUCAUCAAUUGGAGGUAGAUCUGGAGGAUAUGGAGGACAGGGAUAUGGCAACAGCAAUGCUGCUGACUUCGCUGCCGCCGCCGCAGCCGCAGCCGCAGCUGUUUCUGGUAGUUCAGGACUUGGUUCAUUGUAUGGCCCGAGUAGUCCCACGAUAGUGAUCAACGAAGCAGGAUCAGGAUCAUCGGCAUCAAGCUCAGCUGCGUCAUCAUCCGCAGCUUCAUCCUCUGGAUCCGGAAACUCUGGAACUGGAUCGGGACUCAACGGAUUGAACAACUACGGCGCCGGAUAUAAUGGCCUGGGAGGACUUGGCUAUGGUGGCGGUAAUGCAGCAGCCGCAGCUGCUGCUUCUGAGUUCGGUGGACGCAAUGGAGCGGGAGGUCAGACCGUGGUAAUCAACGAAGGAGGUUCAGACUCAUCGGGAUCAAGCGCAGCUGCGGCAUCAUCCGCAGCUUCAUCCUCUGGAUCCGGAAACUCUGGAAUUGGAUCGGGACUCAACGGAUUGAACAACUACGGCGCCGGAUAUAAUGGCCUGGGAGAACUUGGCUAUGGUGGCGGUAAUGCAGCAGCCGCAUCAGCAGCAGCCGCAGCUGCUGCUUCUCAGUUCGGUGGACGCAAUGGAGCGGGAGGUCAGACCGUGGUAAUCAACGAAGAAGGUUCAGACUCAUCGGGAUCAAGCGCAGCUGCGGCAUCAUCCGCAGCUUCAUCCUCUGGAUCCGGAAACUCUGGAAUUGGAUCGGGACUCAACGGAUUGAACAACUACGGCGCCGGAUAUAAUGGCCUGGGAGAACUUGGCUAUAGUGGCGGUAAUGCAGCAGCCGCAGCAGCAGCAGCCGCAGCUGCUGCUUCUCAGUACGGUGGACGCAAUGGAGCGGGAGGUCAGACCGUGGUAAUCAACGAAGGAGGUUCAGACUCAUCGGGAUCAAGCGCAGCUGCGGCAUCAUCUGCAGCUUCAUCCUCUGGAUCCGGAAACUCUGGAAUUGGAUCGGGACUCAACGGAUUGAACAACAACGGCGCCGGAUAUAAUGGCCUGGGAGAACUUGGCUAUGGUGGCGGUAAUGCAGCAGCCGCAUCAGCAGCAGCCGCAGCUGCUGCUUCUCAGUUCGGUGGACGCAAUGGAGCGGGAGGUCAGACCGUGGUAAUCAACGAAGGAGGAUCAGACUCAUCGGGAUCAAGCGCAGCUGCGGCAUCAUCCGCAGCUUCAUCCUCUGGAUCCGGAAACGGUUACAGCAAUAACGGAAUCGGAUUCAUUGGACUCGGCCCGCAGUACCGCAGAGGUGGUGAAACUAUCGUGAUAAACAAAGGUGGAUCUUCCUCAUCUGGUUCAACUGCUGUCUCGUCAGCUUCUUCUGGCAGUGAUUCCAUUUACGGAUCUUCUGCUCUUGGACCUAUGGGUUAUGGUACUGAUGUGUUACUUGCACCAUACGGGCAACAGCCAUCGACUGUCAUAGUCAAUCGAGGAACAUCUGGCUCAAGUUCUUCAAGUUCAGCUUCGUCUUCCGAUGGAUCUUCAUCAAUUGGAGGUAGAUCUGGAGGAUAUGGAGGACAGGGAUACGGCAACAGCAAUGCUGCUGACUCCGCUGCCGCCGCCGCAGCCGCAGCCGCAGCUGUUUCUGGUAGUUCAGGACUUGGUUCAUUGUAUGGCCCGAGUAGUCCCACGAUAGUGAUCAACGAAGCAGGAUCAGGAUCAUCGGCAUCAAGCUCAGCUGCGUCAUCAUCCGCAGCUUCAUCCUCUGGAUCCGGAAACUCUGGAAUUGGAUCGGGACUCAACGGAUUGAACAACUACGGCGCCGGAUAUAAUGGCCUGGGAGGACUUGGCUAUGGUGGCGGUAAUGCAGCAGCCGCAUCAGCAGCAGCCGCAGCUGCUGCUUCUCAGUUCGGUGGACGCAAUGGAGCGGGAGGUCAGACCGUGGUAAUCAACGAAGAAGGUUCAGACUCAUCGGGAUCAAGCGCAGCUGCGGCAUCAUCCGCAGCUUCAUCCUCUGGAUCCGGAAACUCUGGAAUUGGAUCGGGACUCAACGGAUUGAACAACUACGGCGCCGGAUAUAAUGGCCUGGGAGAACUUGGCUAUGGUGGCGGUAAUGCAGCAGCCGCAUCAGCAGCAGCCGCAGCUGCUGCUUCUCAGUUCGGUGGACGCAAUGGAGCGGGAGGUCAGACCGUGGUAAUCAACGAAGGAGGUUCAGACUCAUCGGGAUCAAGCGCAGCUGCGGCAUCAUCUGCAGCUUCAUCCUCUGGAUCCGGAAACUCUGGAAUUGGAUCGGGACUCAACGGAUUGAACAACUACGGCGCCGGAUAUAAUGGCCUGGGAGGACUUGGCUAUGGUGGCGGUAAUGCAGCAGCCGCAGCUGCUGCUUCUGAGUUCGGUGGACGCAAUGGAGCGGUAGGUCAGACCGUGGUUAUCAACGAAGGAGGUUCAGACUCAUCGGGAUCAAGCGCAGCUGCGGCAUCAUCCGCAGCUUCAUCCUCUGGAUCCGGAAACUCUGGAAUUGGAUCGGGACUCAACGGAUUGAACAACUACGGCGCCGGAUAUAAUGGCCUGGGAGAACUUGGCUAUGGUGGCGGUAAUGCAGCAGCCGCAUCAGCAGCAGCCGCAGCUGCUGCUUCUCAGUUCGGUGGACGCAAUGGAGCGGGAGGUCAGACCGUGGUAAUCAACGAAGGAGGUUCAGACUCAUCGGGAUCAAGCGCAGCUGCGGCAUCAUCUGCAGCUUCAUCCUCUGGAUCCGGAAACUCUGGAAUUGGAUCGGGACUCAACGGAUUGAACAACUACGGCGCCGGAUAUAAUGGCCUGGGAGAACUUGGCUAUGGUGGCGGUAAUGCAGCAGCCGCAUCAGCAGCAGCCGCAGCUGCUGCUUCUCAGUUCGGUGGACGCAAUGGAGCGGGAGGUCAGACCGUGGUAAUCAACGAAGAAGGUUCAGACUCAUCGGGAUCAAGCGCAGCUGCGGCAUCAUCCGCAGCUUCAUCCUCUGGAUCCGGAAACGGUUACAGCAAUAACGGAAUCGGAUUCAUUGGACUCGGCCCGCAGUACCGCAGAGGUGGUGAAACUAUCGUGAUAAACAAAGGUGGAUCUUCCUCAUCUGGUUCAACUGCUGUCUCGUCAGCUUCUUCUGGCAGUGAUUCCAUUUACGGAUCUUCUGCUCUUGGACCUAUGGGUUAUGGUACUGAUGUGUUACUUGCACCAUACGGGCAACAGCCAUCGACUGUCAUAGUCAAUCGAGGAACAUCUGGCUCAAGUUCUUCAAGUUCAGCUUCGUCUUCCGAUGGAUCUUCAUCAAUUGGAGGUAGAUCUGGAGGAUAUGGAGGACAGGGAUACGGCAACAGCAAUGCUGCUGACUCCGCUGCCGCCGCCGCAGCCGCAGCCGCAGCUGUUUCUGGUAGUUCAGGACUUGGUUCAUUGUAUGGCCCGAGUAGUCCCACGAUAGUGAUCAACGAAGCAGGAUCAGGAUCAUCGGCAUCAAGCUCAGCUGCGUCAUCAUCCGCAGCUUCAUCCUCUGGAUCCGGAAACUCUGGAAUUGGAUCGGGACUCAACGGAUUGAACAACUACGGCGCCGGAUAUAAUGGCCUGGGAGGACUUGGCUAUGGUGGCGGUAAUGCAGCAGCCGCAUCAGCAGCAGCCGCAGCUGCUGCUUCUCAGUUCGGUGGACGCAAUGGAGCGGGAGGUCAGACCGUGGUAAUCAACGAAGAAGGUUCAGACUCAUCGGGAUCAAGCGCAGCUGCGGCAUCAUCCGCAGCUUCAUCCUCUGGAUCCGGAAACUCUGGAAUUGGAUCGGGACUCAACGGAUUGAACAACUACGGCGCCGGAUAUAAUGGCCUGGGAGAACUUGGCUAUGGUGGCGGUAAUGCAGCAGCCGCAUCAGCAGCAGCCGCAGCUGCUGCUUCUCAGUUCGGUGGACGCAAUGGAGCGGGAGGUCAGACCGUGGUAAUCAACGAAGGAGGUUCAGACUCAUCGGGAUCAAGCGCAGCUGCGGCAUCAUCUGCAGCUUCAUCCUCUGGAUCCGGAAACUCUGGAAUUGGAUCGGGACUCAACGGAUUGAACAACUACGGCGCCGGAUAUAAUGGCCUGGGAGGACUUGGCUAUGGUGGCGGUAAUGCAGCAGCCGCAGCUGCUGCUUCUGAGUUCGGUGGACGCAAUGGAGCGGUAGGUCAGACCGUGGUUAUCAACGAAGGAGGUUCAGACUCAUCGGGAUCAAGCGCAGCUGCGGCAUCAUCCGCAGCUUCAUCCUCUGGAUCCGGAAACUCUGGAAUUGGAUCGGGACUCAACGGAUUGAACAACUACGGCGCCGGAUAUAAUGGCCUGGGAGGACUUGGCUAUGGUGGCGGUAAUGCAGCAGCCGCAUCAGCAGCAGCCGCAGCUGCUGCUUCUCAGUUCGGUGGACGCAAUGGAGCGGGAGGUCAGACCGUGGUAAUCAACGAAGGAGGUUCAGACUCAUCGGGAUCAAGCGCAGCUGCGGCAUCAUCUGCAGCUUCAUUCUCUGGAUCCGGAAACUCUGGAAUUGGAUCGGGACUCAACGGAUUGAACAACUACGGCGCCGGAUAUAAUGGCCUGGGAGAACUUGGCUAUGGUGGCGGUAAUGCAGCAGCCGCAUCAGCAGCAGCCGCAGCUGCUGCUUCUCAGUUCGGUGGACGCAAUGGAGCGGGAGGUCAGACCGUGGUAAUCAACGAAGAAGGUUCAGACUCAUCGGGAUCAAGCGCAGCUGCGGCAUCAUCCGCAGCUUCAUCCUCUGGAUCCGGAAACGGUUACAGCAAUAACGGAAUCGGAUUCAUUGAACUCGGCCCGCAGUACCGCAGAGGUGGUGAAACUAUCGUGAUAAACAAAGGUGGAUCUUCCUCAUCUGGUUCAACUGCUGUUUCGUCAGCUUCCUCUGGCAGUGAUUCCACUUACGAAUCUUCUGCUCUUGGACCUAUGGGUUAUGGUACUGAUGUGUUACUUGCACCAUACGGGCAACAGCCAUCGACAGUCAUAGUCAAUCGAGGAACAUCUGGCUCAAGUUCUUCAAGUUCAGCUUCGUCUUCCGAUGGAUCUUCAUCAAUUGGAGGUAGAUCUGGAGGAUAUGGAGGACAGGGAUAUGGCAACAGCAAUGCUGCUGACUUCGCUGCCGCCGCCGCAGCCGCAGCCGCAGCUGUUUCUGGUAGUUCAGGACUUGGUUCAUUGUAUGGCCCGAGUAGUCCCACGAUAGUGAUCAACGAAGCAGGAUCAGGAUCAUCGGCAUCAAGCUCAGCUGCGUCAUCAUCCGCAGCUUCAUCCUCUGGAUCCGGAAACUCUGGAACUGGAUCGGGACUCAACGGAUUGAACAACUACGGCGCCGGAUAUAAUGGCCUGGGAGGACUUGGCUAUGGUGGCGGUAAUGCAGCAGCCGCAGCUGCUGCUUCUGAGUUCGGUGGACGCAAUGGAGCGGUAGGUCAGACCGUGGUUAUCAACGAAGGAGGUUCAGACUCAUCGGGAUCAAGCGCAGCUGCGGCAUCAUCCGCAGCUUCAUCCUCUGGAUCCGGAAACUCUGGAAUUGGAUCGGGACUCAACGGAUUGAACAACUACGGCGCCGGAUAUAAUGGCCUGGGAGAACUUGGCUAUGGUGGCGGUAAUGCAGCAGCCGCAUCAGCAGCAGCCGCAUCAGCAGCAGCCGCAUCAGCAGCAGCCGCAGCUGCUGCUUCUCAGUUCGGUGGACGCAAUGGAAUGGGAGGUCAGACCGUGGUAAUCAACGAAGAAGGUUCAGACUCAUCGGGAUCAAGCGCAGCUGCGGCAUCAUCCGCAGCUUCAUCCUCUGGAUCCGGAAACUCUGGAAUUGGAUCGGGACUCAACGGAUUGAACAACUACGGCGCCGGAUAUAAUGACCUGGGAGAACUUGGCUAUGGUGGCGGUAAUGCAGCAGCCGCAUCAGCAGCAGCCGCAGCUGCUGCUUCUCAGUUCGGUGGACGCAAUGGAGCGGGAGGUCAGACCGUGGUAAUUAACGAAGAAGGUUCAGACUCAUCGGGAUCAAGCGCAGCUGCGGCAUCAUCCGCAGCUUCAUCCUCUGGAUCCGGAAACGGUUACAGCAAUAACGGAAUCGGAUUCAUUGAACUCGGCCCGCAGUACCGCAGAGGUGGUGAAACUAUCGUGAUAAACAAAGGUGGAUCUUCCUCAUCUGGUUCAACUGCUGUUUCGUCAGCUUCCUCUGGCAGUGAUUCCACUUACGAAUCUUCUGCUCUUGGACCUAUGGGUUAUGGUACUGAUGUGUUACUUGCACCAUACGGGCAACAGCCAUCGACAGUCAUAGUCAAUCGAGGAACAUCUGGCUCAAGUUCUUCAAGUUCAGCUUCGUCUUCCGAUGGAUCUUCAUCAAUUGGAGGUAGAUCUGGAGGAUAUGGAGGACAGGGAUAUGGCAACAGCAAUGCUGCUGACUUCGCUGCCGCCGCCGCAGCCGCAGCCGCAGCUGUUUCUGGUAGUUCAGGACUUGGUUCAUUGUAUGGCCCGAGUAGUCCCACGAUAGUGAUCAACGAAGCAGGAUCAGGAUCAUCGGCAUCAAGCUCAGCUGCGUCAUCAUCCGCAGCUUCAUCCUCUGGAUCCGGAAACUCUGGAACUGGAUCGGGACUCAACGGAUUGAACAACUACGGCGCCGGAUAUAAUGGCCUGGGAGGACUUGGCUAUGGUGGCGGUAAUGCAGCAGCCGCAGCUGCUGCUUCUGAGUUCGGUGGACGCAAUGGAGCGGUAGGUCAGACCGUGGUUAUCAACGAAGGAGGUUCAGACUCAUCGGGAUCAAGCGCAGCUGCGGCAUCAUCCGCAGCUUCAUCCUCUGGAUCCGGAAACUCUGGAAUUGGAUCGGGACUCAACGGAUUGAACAACUACGGCGCCGGAUAUAAUGGCCUGGGAGAACUUGGCUAUGGUGGCGGUAAUGCAGCAGCCGCAUCAGCAGCAGCCGCAUCAGCAGCAGCCGCAUCAGCAGCAGCCGCAGCUGCUGCUUCUCAGUUCGGUGGACGCAAUGGAGCGGGAGGUCAGACCGUGGUAAUCAACGAAGGAGGUUCAGACUCAUCGGGAUCAAGCGCAGCUGCGGCAUCAUCUGCAGCUUCAUCCUCUGGAUCCGGAAACUCUGGAAUUGGAUCGGGACUCAACGGAUUGAACAACUACGGCGCCGGAUAUAAUGGCCUGGGAGGACUUGGCUAUGGUGGCGGUAAUGCAGCAGCCGCAGCUGCUGCUUCUGAGUUCGGUGGACGCAAUGGAGCGGUAGGUCAGACCGUGGUUAUCAACGAAGGAGGUUCAGACUCAUCGGGAUCAAGCGCAGCUGCGGCAUCAUCCGCAGCUUCAUCCUCUGGAUCCGGAAACUCUGGAAUUGGAUCGGGACUCAACGGAUUGAACAACUACGGCGCCGGAUAUAAUGGCCUGGGAGAACUUGGCUAUGGUGGCGGUAAUGCAGCAGCCGCAUCAGCAGCAGCCGCAGCUGCUGCUUCUCAGUUCGGUGGACGCAAUGGAGCGGGAGGUCAGACCGUGGUAAUCAACGAAGGAGGUUCAGACUCAUCGGGAUCAAGCGCAGCUGCGGCAUCAUCUGCAGCUUCAUUCUCUGGAUCCGGAAACUCUGGAAUUGGAUCGGGACUCAACGGAUUGAACAACUACGGCGCCGGAUAUAAUGGCCUGGGAGAACUUGGCUAUGGUGGCGGUAAUGCAGCAGCCGCAUCAGCAGCAGCCGCAGCUGCUGCUUCUCAGUUCGGUGGACGCAAUGGAGCGGGAGGUCAGACCGUGGUAAUUAACGAAGAAGGUUCAGACUCAUCGGGAUCAAGCGCAGCUGCGGCAUCAUCCGCAGCUUCAUCCUCUGGAUCCGGAAACGGUUACAGCAAUAACGGAAUCGGAUUCAUUGGACUCGGCCCGCAGUACCGCAGAGGUGGUGAAACUAUCGUGAUAAACAAAGGUGGAUCUUCCUCAUCUGGUUCAACUGCUGUCUCGUCAGCUUCUUCUGGCAGUGAUUCCAUUUACGGAUCUUCUGCUCUUGGACCUAUGGGUUAUGGUACUGAUGUGUUACUUGCACCAUACGGGCAACAGCCAUCGACUGUCAUAGUCAAUCGAGGAACAUCUGGCUCAAGUUCUUCAAGUUCAGCUUCGUCUUCCGAUGGAUCUUCAUCAAUUGGAGGUAGAUCUGGAGGAUAUGGAGGACAGGGAUAUGGCAACAGCAAUGCUGCUGACUCCGCUGCCGCCGCCGCAGCCGCAGCCGCAGCUGUUUCUGGUAGUUCAGGACUUGGUUCAUUGUAUGGCCCGAGUAGUCCCACGAUAGUGAUCAACGAAGGAGGUUCAGACUCAUCUGGAUCAAGCGCAGCUGCGGCAUCAUCCGCAGCUUCAUCCUCUGGAUCCGGAAACUCUGGAACUGGAUCGGGACUCAACGGAUUGAACAACUACGGCGCCGGAUAUUAUGGCCUGGGAGGACUUGGCUAUGGUGGCGGUAAUGCAGCAGCCGCAGCAGCAGCAGCCGCAGCUGCUGCUUCUGACUUCGGUGGACGCAAUGGAGCGGGAGGUCAGACCCUAAUAAUCAACGAAGCAGGUUCAGACUCAUCGGGAUCAAGCGCAGCUGCGGCAUCAUCCGCAGCUUCAUCCUCUGGAUCCGGAAACUCUGGAACUGGAUCGGGACUCAACGGAUUGAACAACUACGGCGCCGGCUAUAAUGGCCUGGGAGGACUUGGCUAUGGUGGCGGUAAUGCAGCAUCAUCCGCUGCAGUCGCCGCAACAACAGCAGCUGGAUCUGGCAUUGGUGGAUUAAAUGAACUGUUCGCUCCAACCGUGAUUAUUAACGAAAGUGGCCAAGGAUCUUCCUCUUCAAGUGAUGCAUCGGCUUCUGCCACAUCUUUGGUUAAUACCGAUAACACAUAUAGCGCCAACACUCCCUAUUUUAGUGCAUUAGCGGCUGGAGGUUAUGCUCCUUACAAUUACCAAGGCGCUUCGUCACCAUUGGUUAUUAUCAACGAACGACGCUCAAGUGCGUCUUCAGCUUCCUCCAGCUCGUCGAGUGGAGGAGUGAUCAGAAGAGGACGCCCAGGCAUUCGUAGACCUUGUCUGCUAACUCGCAAGCAAUUUGUAGUCAAGAUUGGUCGUCGUGGCAGACCAUGCCCUACUUGUUAUUAGUACUAUUGUAUUAAAUUUAAUUGGACACAUUCUUUAUGGAAAUCUAUAAAAUAUAUACGAGCAU